AUGAGUGUUAUUGGUGAGGUUGUGGGCAUUGUGGCCUGCGUAGCCGGCGUCAUAUCCGCCUACCAUGACGGUGGCGCCAUAAUCCAAAAGAUCAAACUCAAGCGCGCUGCUCGUCGUGCACCGGCUCCACCACGCCUGCUCGAAGAAAGCAUCGACCAAGCGCCUUCGGAAAUCGAGCGAGAAAAGCAACGAGGGAUCGCGCGGUUUGGGAAGGCGUUCGAGAACGGAGAUCAUAUUGCUGUGAUCGCGUUGCAGAGUAUUACUAUUCAGUUGCAGGGGAGUCUGUUGGAGAAGCUGAGGAACGAUGAUGAGAAUACGGAUUUCAUGUUUUUGGUUGACGCGGCUGAUACGGGACGGGAUGGGACGAUUCGGUCUUUGUUGGAGUUGAGGCAGAGAUUGUUGGCGGAGGGGCCGAUUAGCGAGGUAGAGAGUCCUGCGCUGGAGCAGCAGCGGACGAAGUCGAGUGGGAGUAAGGCGAUCGAUCUACCGAUCCAUUCGGCGCAUUCCCCAGAGAUCGAGGCGGCAAAGUCAAGGAAGACGUGGACACGAGAUGUGGGAGGUGAAGAGGAGGAGGAAGCGACGACAGGAGGAGCGGUCGAGAGCGCAACGCCAACGCCUGGUGCACGAAAACGAAAUAAGUCGAUCUUGGGCUUUUUCAAGCACCAUCGGUCUCACUCCAACUCGGGCGAUAAGUCACCGAGGGUCGAGGAGAUACCACAAACAGUUACCUCACCCGCAUCAAUGACCCCUAGCAGCCCACGAGCGACCAGGAAAGAAUCCCGCUCGCUACAACCGCCCGAGUCCUCGCCCCGCAACUUCCAAUACCAAGACUGGGAGGACGACCCAGCCGCCAUCUGGGGAGCACCGAAACCCGACCACCCCGAACGCCGCGAUACUGUUGCCUCCCUUGCCGUCCCACCCGACGCGAACCCGACCACAUCACCCUCCCCCACAUCUCCCAAACCCAGUAAUCGCUCUCUGAGCGUAGUCACAACCUCCGGGCCGACCUCGAUAGCCACUCCCACGCCCGAGAACGAUUAUCUAGGCUUCUGCAAAAGCGCCUAUAAACUCCAAAACGGCGACCGCAAAGCUCUGAUCAAAGCCAAAGAAUUCAACGACGGCUGGUCGCAAUCCGCAGUCUACUAUCUCUGCUGCGCGAGCACUAAGUGUGCGUUCGCGGGACAUAUUUCUAUGGACAAGAUUUGGACGAAAGUGUGGACGGUCGAGGCCAGGGGGUUGAAGUUCCGCUGGUCGUUCUUGGCGAAGAGCCAUGUGGCGCAGCAGAAGGUUAAAGAACACCAGUACGGAUACCAGUGUCUAUUCUGCGUGUUCGGUGGCGAGAAAGGCGCUGUGUACUUCGGCACGGAUAUGUACCUUGAGCAUGUCUCCACGCAUCGCGGUCAAGCGUUAUCCGAAGUCGUGGUGUACAAGUCCCAGGCUAUUGUUGAUCGAAUUGUGGAGGUCGAUGAGCAUGAGGGGACGGAAUUCGAUAUCAAUCUUUUCCCACUGACGACGAAGGAGGAGAAUCAGCGGAAGAGGUCCGAGGUCCUGUCUGAUGAGUUGUCGGAGUAUGUUGAGGCUAAGCGGAAGCAGGAGGAGGAUGAUAAGACCUUUUCCAACGAGCCGUGGAAUGCUGGAUUGUCUGAGUUCCAUUAUGGCGGGGAGAUGGAGCGGGCGGAGCUGGAGUGA